AUGGCCAGGACAAAAACCACAUUGUUCCUCCUCGAUCUGAGCUUCAACUAUCGACCGGAACAUCCGUUUCAGUACCCUGGCGGAGACUUUCCCCGGGAGGCUGAGGAGUAUGAUCCCGCUAUUGUUGGAACACACCCUCUGGUCGCCUUUCUUAAAGAAAGGAAACACCAGCCCGUUGACACCACCUUUAAUACAAUCCAGCUUCCAGAUCUACGGCAAAUCACCGUCUUAACCAAGGCUGACUGGCUAAGGAUUCAGGAUAAAAUCAAUCAUGUUGAUAAAGAGAAGGAGAGGAUGAUGGAGGUUGCGAGGCAGAAGCAAGCCCUGCACCUUAAAUCCAAAGAGAUGGCCAAACUUUGGCCUGAUACACUCGCCCGUCAAAGACAGAAGAAACUAGAGGCUAAGAAAAUCCGGGACCAGAUGGAUGAGGAAAAAAGGAAACAGAUCGAUAUGGAGGAGGCCCAAUAUCGGGAAGAAAAGAGGAAGGAUGCCAUCGAAAAGGCAAAGAAACAGCUGUACUAUGAGACAGAACGAGUCAAAGGACUGCAUCGUGGACUCUUGCUGACAGAGGUUCUGAAGGAAAGGGAGGCUCAGAUAGAGCUAAAGCAAAGGAAAACGAGCGCCUCCAAAGACCUGGACAAGGAAUACGUGCAGAUGUUGAAAGCUAGGGAGGAUGAAGCGCUCAAAAAGGAGCAGGAGCGAGCUCAACAGAAAAAACAGCAGUGCAAGGCUUUCGCAGAAGAUCUGCAGAAGCAGAUAAAAGAAAAUCAGCUGCAGAAGGAACAACAAAGGCAUGAAACAAAGAGGGAAGGCGAGGAAAUCCAACGGUGUCAAGACCUCCAUCAAUGGGAGCAAAAAAUGGAAGAGGAGAUGCAAGCUAAGCAGAAGAACCAUUUCAUGCAAGCCCAGCUGGAGCAUCUCACUCAGAGAGAUAUUUCUAAGGCUGCAGAUGCAAAAAAACAGGAGGCGGAGGAGGUCCAAAGGAAACUGUUCCUUUCUGCAAAAGAGAAAAUGGUGAAGUUAAGAAGAGAUAGAGAGAAGGAGUUGCUCAGAGAGGUCCAGUAUCGCAGAGAGAAGAUCAUGGAUAAGCUUAUCCGGGCUCAGCAAGAGCAGGAGGAGAAGCAGCAAACCGUCAGCAAGGCUGUCUCAGAGCUGGAUGCACAGAGAAUACAGCAUCAAUGGGAGGAGGAACAGAAGAGAGCGGAAAUGAUCAAAUCAAUUGCAGCUCACAGAGAACACGUGAUCCAAGAAAGGGAGCGCAAUGAAAUUAUGAGAAAGGAGAAAGAAAGGGAAGCUCUUCAGGCAAAGAAAGAAGAUGACCGAAUAUUUUGUGAGGAACAGCAAAGAAAGACCCAAAGCAUACGGCAGGAGCUUCAGAAGUUACAGGACUUCAAUGCAAGUCAAAUGGUGGCAAAACAAGCCAGGCAGCAUCAAAUUAGGCAAGCAGAAAACGAGUUUCAAGCAAAGAACAUGGCGCUGCUCGUUGAAGAAGAGCUUGGGUUCCAGCAGUAUUCGAGGGACGUGGUCCAAGCGGCAGCUGCCGCCGAGCGCAGCGUGAUUCCACUCUACAAGGCUGUGAAGGAGGGGGGCGCAGGGGGCCCCAGCUUCACUGGGGCAAAACCUCGCUACCUUGUUCAAGACAGCAGCGGUGCCGAAAUGCCCAACUAUGUAUCUAAUACUACGCAGGACAUCAAGAACAUCCAUGAGGUUGUGGAUAUUGAAAAAGCAAAGAAAAGGCUUGGGUUUAUAUGGUCAUAGACAAGUGUUCUUAAUAUUACUUUAAAAAAUUUGUUACAAAUUACUUCUCGCAAAAAGUAAUUUGAGUUAGUAACUCAGUUACCUCAAUGUAAGAGUAAUUAGUUACUCGGCACAGUAGUUACUUUUCAUGUUCUACACGUCAUUACAUGAUCCAUUCUAUGUGUCACAUCAAAUAUGUUUACAUUAACAGAUUGAACUGUCUUUUUCAUUCCCCCCCAAAGGUGGUCACACUUUUUACAUUUGUUAAAAUUUCACCUGUAUCAGAGUGUAACAGUAUACAAAUUUUACCUUUCAAAUUUGCAAGAAAAAACGCCUUGUUUUUCCUGUUAUACUGAACCCGCACCGAACCUUGACCCCAGUACCAGUACCAAGGUACGUAGUGAACCGUGACCCGUCA